AUGUCUACCACAACAAAGAACUUGGAUCCUGCAUUUCAAGGAGUGGGUCAAAAAAUGUAUCCUUUUGAAUGGUAUGAACAAUUCUGAGCCCUUCUAUAUUUCUAAUGUACCUCAUUUUCUCUGUUUCUUUUGCUGUACUUAACCCUGAAUAGUGGUACGGAGAUAUGGCGAAUUGAGAAUUUCCAGCCAGUCCCACUUCCAAAAUCUGAUUAUGGAAAGUUCUAUUCAGGAGAUUCUUACAUAGUUUUACAGGUACUCAGAAUACCAUUUAUUAUCAUGGCAAUUACUUUGUUUCAUUUGAACAUUGCUUCUUGGCUUGCGGUCAGAUAAUGGAAUGUUAUCUCAUUUCAGUUUUCUACGUGGAUGCCUUUAUUUUAUUAUCAUUUCCUUGCCGUAAAUACUGCAUCUACGGAAUGAACACAUUUACCCCACUCUUUCUUAUUAUACUGUAAUCCUGUAAUUUUCACUUUUUCAUAACUUGGCAUGUUUUGUUUCACUUUCUCUGUUAUUUAUCCUGUGACAAGAAAAAAAGACACUAGGGACAUGUUUGUUCAUGUGCCCUAAUAUUCUCUUUUCUCUCCAUAAUUUGUGGUGAUUCUUCCCGGAUCCUUUUGCUUGGUGGAGCAUGCUAUUUGCCAAAAAUAUUUUGGAGAAACAGGUGAAGAGUUAUAAAAAUUUCAAAAGCCUCUGUUAGGGGACCGGUGCUUGUUCAGCAUCAAGGAGAAUUUUAAGGUUACAAAUCCACCGCUGAAAUUAAGAGCGAAAUUUUAUUAGAGCUUUCAGCUCCCUAUGCUGACUCUGUGUUCAUUAACUUCUUCAUCCGGCUGUAGUUUUUUCUGGGGUUCUUUCUUCCUGAACUUUCACUGCUUUUCUUAUUUUUAUCGAUUGUUGUUAGUAUUGCAGCAGACGACUUACACCUGUUUCUUGGGGUUUUGGCCUUUUUCUUUUAAUGAAGCAUUCAACCUUUGAUCUUUUUUUGUAUGAUAUCCAGUUGGGCCAUUUUCAGUACUCACUCUUUAUAAUAUUUUCUUUUCACGAUGCAUUUUUCUUUCUUAGCUCGAAAUCAGUUCAAAUACAAACUUGAAAUGUUAAAAUAAAUCUAAUUUAUUAUUCUGUGCAGCUAUCGUUAACUGAAGCCUUUUUUUUUAAUUUUUAGUUCUGUUUAUGGUAACUAUUUCUUAACAUAGUGGUACCUUUUUCUUGUGAAAUGGAUGAAGAUCUUUGAUAAGUGGUCUUGUUCUUUUGUAAAUAUUAAUGUCUGGGCUGGUAUGCAAUGGAACAGUAUGCAUCACAUCGCAGUUAAGUUCCUUAAAUUUUCUUGCAUGGUUUUGUAGACAACUGCUGGCAAAGGAGGCGCUUUCCUGUAUGAUAUUCACUUUUGGAUUGGAAAAGACACCAGCCAGGUUAUGAUGCUUUUCUGAUUGCAUGAAGGAUUCUUGUCACCUCGUCUCUCUUCUUGCUAAAGUUUGAGACUUGGAACAGGAUGAAGCUGGAACUGCAGCAAUUAAAACUGUGGAGCUUGAUGCUGUUCUUGGUGGCCGUGCAAUUCAGCAUAGGGAACUUCAAGGCUAUGAGUCUGACAAGUUUCUUUCUUAUUUCAAACCAUGCAUUAUUCCACUCGAGGGUGGUGUUGCUUCUGGAUUUAAAACGGUUGAGGAUGAAAAGUUUGAAACACGGCUCUAUGUGUGUAAAGGAAAACGAGUUGUUAGAAUGAAGCAGGUUUCAAAGUUUAGCCUGAAUUUCUCUCUGUGAACGUAGUUAUAUUAUGUAUUCAAUCAUUGAAACAUACUAAAUUACUAAAUUCCUAGUCUGUUUUUGUAGGUUCCAUUUGCUCGCUCAUCACUAAAUCAUGAUGAUGUAUUUAUUUUGGAUACUGAGAACAAAAUAUACCAAUUUAACGGUGCAAACUCCAACAUUCAAGAGAGAGCUAAGGCUUUGGAAGUUAUUCAAUAUUUGAAGGAUACAUACCAUGAGGGAAAGUGUGACGUUGCAAUUGUUGGUGAGCUGUUAUGUUGUGUAAAUUAAUCAUUAUGUGUUAAUAUCAUACUGGUUCAUAUAGUCUUUCUUCUCUUAGCUUGUCAAGUGUUUCAUUUCUUUAUUGAAAUUGUGAUUCCCUUGACAGACGAUGGAAAACUUGUAGCUGAAUCUGACUCUGGUGAAUUUUGGCUUCUCUUUGGUGGUUUUGCGCCAAUUGGGAAAAAGACUAUAACUGAAGAUGAUAUUGUCUUGGAAAGGACUGUCGCAAAGCUUUACAGGUACUCCUCAAACUUUUAUAAUGAGACAACUGGUAUGCAUAUACUCUUGUUGCAUUAAAUGUUAACUGGUUUGGUUAAAUGUUUACUGGUUUAGUUAAGUGAUGAUAACUGUUUAGUUUUCAUGGAUCUUCUUUAUCAGUGGGCCUUCAUAAAAUAAUCACCAAAUCUAUCUGUUUCACACAUUUGGUUCUAUUGCUUAGUUCUUCACUAGCUUGAUUGGUCGUUGAUAAGCUGAGAGAAGCAACAAAGUUACGUUCCUGAAUAUUCUUCGAUUGUCUCCCUAUCCUAUGCCCAGAUUAUCGGCCUACAGGACAGCUAUAAAGCUUUAUGGGGAGUCGCCAUAAAGCUAAAAUAAUAGAUCUAUAACAUUUUGUUUUUCUUUCUUUGAUGAUGAUUCCUUUGGGAGAAGAAAAUACUACCAGAUCUCUCUGGUUAACUUGUUCCCAAUUCUGCCAAAUUUAUGAACACCUGAUGCUUUCCACUGAGCUUAUUCAAUUUGCCAUUAUCUCUGGUAGAAGAGAUCAUUUUCAAUAUAAUUAGCUUCAUUCCCAUUUUUAAAUAUAAAACUAGAAGAUUUAGUUUUGUUGUGAUUGAGGCAAAAUUCAUCCAUGUAUCCCUUUCUUAGACUUGGAAGAGUUGAAUCAAACCCGCUUGAGGAUUCCUGAUGAUAUUAAUUUUUAUUGAAUGAAAAUAAUACUGGUAUUUGGAUACAGAUCUGAAAAUUUAUAAUUUUUAUGAAAUCUAGCAUAAAUCUAGUUUUUUAUUCCCCAAAUAGAAGACUCAUCUGGACCCAAAUUGCAAAAAGUUAUGUUUCUUGUCAAACAAGAAUUUAUAAACUUUAGUGAGUCCCUGCUCUGGUUAAAACCUUAAUCUCAAUAGGAAGAGACUUCCAAUGCUAGUUCAAGAAAAUAAGCAUGCAGCUGUACAUUGAGUGGAUACUAUUUUGUAGUGGUCGGCUCAAUCAUUUUUCUGAAGUGUGGACAGCUUGCGUUCAGCGCUUCUUUAAUUAAGCCAAAUGAUUUGUUAAUGGAUCUUUUCCUUGUCCAUAUAGGUAUUUCUUUGCUAAACGACCUUCUAAGCUUCUCCCGUUAGCCAAGAAUUUUUCUUCCCACAUUUUCACGAGUUUUUUUUCUGCUUAAUUUCAAUAACCUUAAUUGAUUUUAAAAGAGAGCUAUCACUUCGCCAGGACCACCAUUUACUGUGAUGGCGGCCCAACCUCCUUUUGUUUUGACCAGACCUUAAUGAAGACACAUCCUGUCUACGAGUAGUGACUUUCAUUUGCCCUCUGUUCUCUACAAGGAUGCCAUUUGUAAAUAGAAAUUUAAUAUUUAAACCCAUCAAUCUUCCAGUUUUGAUUUAAGCUCUCUUUCUGUUAGCUUCAAUACAGCAGACGAGUAACGAUCCCCAUGGCAGCUCCCUGGUCUACGAACUUUCUAUUCCCUCUGUUUUCAAGUAUUUUAGAAAACUCUCCAUUGUAUGUUCGUGAAAUGGUGCAUCUUUCUAUUGUUUAUUCCGUUUUAUCAGCUACUACAUGAGGGUAAAUAAUAUCAACCUCUGAAACUAUUUUGUUAUUUUAAUUUGUAUAGCGGAAUUGACAGUCAUCUUACAAAUAUCUGAGACAUGAUUUGGCUUUAGUUUAUACCCUACCUUCACUAGAUACGUUUUCUUCUGGUCUGUGACUGAUUAUUUAUUCUAGGAGGGCAUUAUUUAUGUAAAUCGAUGACAUUGGCAAUUUCUCUCUAUGAACUAAUAGUCGAUUUGAGUGAAGUCCAACAAGUGUGAACCAUAUUGUCUUCAUUUUGUAGCAUUAAUGAUGAUCAGUUGAAGCUGGAAGAUGCUCCACUCUGUAAAGAAACAUUGGAAAACAGCAAAUGUUAUUUACUUGAUUGUGGAGCUGAACUAUUUUUGUGGGUUGGCCGGGUAACAAGUGUUGAGGACAGAAAAGCAGCUUCUCAAGUCGCUGAGGUAUACUUACUUAGCAAUUCUGUGAUGCAAAAUUUCUUGAGUGCAGACUCUUAGUUUUGGCAACUUUUGAUCAAGGUAUUCAUUGUGAACCAAGGAAGACCAAAGUCAACGCGUCUUACUCGAGUAAUUCAGGGGUUUGAGACAUAUUCAUUUAAGUCGAACUUUGAAUCUUGGUCUUCGGGUUCUGGGGGUACUGCCAGUGAGGAUGGAAGAGGAAAAGUAGCAGGUAAUUGUUAGGCUCUUUGAAUUUAUCUGCGACACAUUGUUGGGAGCUGAGCAUUUUUUAUUGAUAACAUUUGAUAUCUCUUAGCCUUACUGAAGCAGCAAGGAGUUGAUAUUAAGAGUCCUACAAAAGCUGCUCCCAUAAACGAGGAAGUUCCUCCACUACUUGAAGGAUCCGGAAAGCUAGAGGUUUGACUUGCAAGAAUUUUAAAUUCUUGAUCAAUCUGUGACAUUUUUUAGUAAUUUGGAGAGUAUCUUUGUCUCUUUGUUCAUGAAUCUGAUUGUAUUUUUUCUUCUCCACUGUUUUUAAGUUGAGAGGUUGUCCAGGAAAAGUUGAUUAUUCUUAGCUUUCAGGUUUGGCGCAUCAAUGGUAGUGCCAAGACACUUAUUCCUAUGGAGGAUAUUGGUAAAUUUUAUAGGGGGGAUUGCUACAUUGUACUCUACACUUACCACUCUGGCGACAGGAAAGAAGAGUACUUCUUAUCCUGCUGGAUGGGAAAGGAUAGCACUCAGGUGAAUAUUUAAAUACUGAUUGAUGGAAGCUGUUGCUUCCAUAUUCCUGUCGUACUGUUUGAUUGCUGAUGUUCCUUUGUUCACACGAUAAUUGUCUUAUUUCGGAAAGUCAUUAUUAAGUGCUUAUUAAGUGUUCUCUUCUCAUGCUUCCUUAUUGAAAUUUUAACUCGUAAUCUUUCACAAAUUCAGAUGUUUAUGAUAUGAGGGAAAAUAGUUUAGUCAUCUGAUACUUUUUACAGACUAGACCAUCAUAGUGACCCAGAGUACGAAAUACAUGCAUAAUUAAUAACAGGAAAUUCAUCAUUUUCCAGAGGAGACGGAUUGUAUGAUAGACCUAAUACUAUAUGCAGAAUUGAAAAACAGAAAAUCUAUUUUUUUUCCUAAUGUAGCAGCAUUUGAAUGGUUAUUUUUCAUAGUUACUUUGUCAGUGAGCAUCUCGUGUAUUACCAUUUCUUCUUUUCACUGUGAACGGAUAAUUGAUUUCUUUUUCAUGACAUUGAUCUUUCGAUUCAAUUUUCUCUCUUACUGUGAGUCGCAGAAAGAUGGUCUUUUGUGUUCUUCACUUGUUUUUAUUUGCCUGUGUCUGCAAUAGUUUUUGAGUCGUCUGUUUUCUUUCCAUAAUUUUAAUAUGGUUUUUCCUUAUUGUCUUUGUAUAUCUUUAUUAAUUUAUAGUGAUCUUCUCGAUAUAUCCUAGGAUGAUCAAAUGAUGGCCUCUCGAUUGGCAAAUACAAUGUGCAGUUCCUUAAAGGGCAGACCUGUGCAGGUACCACAUCUCAAUUCGUUAACAAACAAAUUCUGCUUGUCAUGUAUAACUUAUCAGAAAUUGUCUUCAGGGUCGCAUUAUUCAAGGGAAAGAGCCACCACAAUUUAUUGCACUUUUUCAGCCCAUGAUUGUCUUCAAGGUAUUAUACUUUGUUCAUCUAAUGGUGGAAUACUUAAUUAGUCAACACUUAAUUAGUCUUUGAGAAUGCAUAUUAUACUUCCUUGACAUGAAUCUUUGAUCACAGUACCCAUGGAACAUGCAAUGACAAGCCAUGUGGCUUUGAUUUGUACUAUUAAUUAUAAUACAUCCUUCGGGUAUAAUUAUUUGAGCUGUUCUUUUGUAUGCAUGUUUGAUAGUCUUAUAAUUUCUCUUGCUAAUGUUGAGCAACAUGGCAUUCAAUAUUGGCAUGGAAAUAAAAGCUUUUUAUCCCUGAAUUUGCUAUAUAUUUUCUAAUAUGCUGGAUUCCCCUACAGGGGGGAUUGAGCUCUGGUUUCAAGAAGUCGAUUGUGGAUGGGGAUGCGAAAGAUGAAACUUAUACAUCUGAUGGCAUAGCACUGUUUCGAGUUUCUGGGACAUCUGUUCACAAUAACAAAGCACUUCAAGUUGAUGCGGUAUGUUGAUUAUUUUUCUAGGAUUUGCUAUUCGCAUAUUAUUUUGUGGAUUUAUUCAUUGUCUUAAAUUAAUUUCAAUAAGACAUUACUACUAUGGAUGUAUCUUAUUUCCUGGGAAUAUAGUUUGGUAAUCUAUUCUAUGCAUAAAUUUGGUUGGUCUAUUUCGAUGAAUGAUCAUCACACUAAGACAGCUUAUUUACAGUAUAAUAUUUUCGUUUGAAGGUAGCAAUUGUGAUGUCUUUUGUACAUAAACUUGUUUGAUCUUGAAAGAAGUGAUAUGUAUGAGCACACCUGAGUGUCGCUCGUUUUGCUUGUUGCUUUCACAGAGUAAAUUCCAUAACUGACAGAAAUUAUAAUUUAUUGAAAUUCUGUGAAUGGUGAAUUAUGAAAGUUGAUACCACUUUUUUCCCUUGAAAUCAUAUUGGAAUUUGUUUUUCUCAGCAUCUGUAAAUGGCCGUCUGUAUUUUAUUGAGUAUUUCUUCUCAAGAUUUGGAGUUACUGCUUCCGUCUAUAAAUGGCCAUCUAUAAACAUAUAUUUCUUUUGGAAGAUAAUUGGAAACACCUAUUGUAUCACACGUGUAUGUUUGGAUUAUUUUGUAUGCGGACAUUAUCAGCAGUUUAUAUACUUUACACGUAAUUUUUAUUUCAAAAGGCUGGACUUGUCUGGAUGUUACAUUCAAUAUGUCUAAUCAGAAACAAGCUUCAUUUCUUAGAUCAGGAUUCUAAUUUGAAGCCACAUGAGGAUGAAGAUGGUCGCCUAAGUGUCAUCACUUUGUUGAGUUGGUUCAGAAACUUCAUAGUGUAUAUUUUAGUGGGACCUGAGAGAAGAUACACCAAGGGAACAACUUGAAUCUUCCAGUCUCAUCAAUGCUUGUCCAUGGUCUUGAAGAGAUGCGUAGAGCCUCUGCUUGGGUGCAAUUUUUUUCAAGAGUAGGUUUCUCUUAUUUGCUGCAUCCUGGGAUCCUUUUUCUUCAUGGUGUUUAGGGCUGAGUUGAACUAGGUUCGUGCUCUCUUUUUCUCUUUUUCUGGAGAGGUGAUAUCUACAUGUUCUAGGCUCUACGCACGUCUUUCGGAUGAACGUAUUAUCAUCCACUUUCAGGAGAGAAAAUGAACUCUAGGAAUUGAAAAUAGAUGUUGUGUUAUAUUUUGUGGGCUUAUUUUUCAAGUCAAUAAUAAAAUAGUCCGAGGAAACAUUGAACGAUGUAACUGAGACAGUAUCACUGUAGGUUCUCCCUCACAAUUGUCUUCCCUUUGAAAGUGCCACCGUCCAUUUUCCAGAGAUAAUCGAAGUUGGGAAAAUAAAUACAUGAUCUGAGGUAACUUAAGGAUAUAUGUAUCAAGAUAAAAAACUAGAAUCAUUAUGAAUAUCAAAGGAUGUAACUGUCUGAUUGUAUCCUUGGAUGGACAUGAAAUAUUUGUGACACUAAAUACCUGUCAAGCUGCAUAUUUUAUUUGUCUUUUACUUGUGGAAAGAGUAAUAAAUUUCCCUUAGAACUUAAAAAUGCAAAGUGAUAUUUUUUAUUCGUGGGAUUUCUCAAAAGCGUGUACACAUGUUUCUUUGUGGCAUUUUCAAAUAUCAGGUAAUGUGAAUGUAUAGGUUCCAUUGUGAAAACUUUAUUCCAGGCUUAAUGAUAGAUCGCUUCUCAAUGCAGGUGGCAGCGUCCCUAAGCUCCACUGAUUGUUUUUUGCUGCAAUCUGGUUCAUCACUUUUCAUUUGGCAUGGCAAUUCAAGUACCUUCGAGCAGCAACAGUGGGCUGCUAAGGUUGCUGAGUUCCUAAAGGUAUUCAGAAAGCGAUCUCUUGUUUGCUGUGAUGUCUACCUAGAGAGUUGUACACGCUUACUGUAGAUCUGAACCAAUGGUAGAUCUCUGGAAAUUCUGGAAAACUUUCUAAUUUUUGCAUGGGACAACUGAAUUAUGUAUAAUAUGAUUCUUUUGCUAGAAUUCAUAUUAGGCUAACAUAUAGAAGCAAAAGAUUUGUUUAUCGAUAAUUUUUUUUCGGAUGGCUGUGUUCUUUUGCAUAUGUUUUGCAUUUGCUUCCAGAAUUUUAUUUUAUUAUUUUUAGUUGUCAAUUUAAAUUCCUUCUUCCGUUAGACGUUUGGCUAAAAUGUUUCAUUUCCAAAAUUAUAGCCGGGGGCUUCCUUAAAGUAUGCCAAAGAGGGGACUGAGAGCUCUGCUUUUUGGUUUGCGCUCGGAGGAAAGCAAAGUUAUACUGGCGAGAGGAUCACACAGGAUAUUGUUCGAGAUCCUCAUUUGUACACGUUUUCAUUGGGCAAAGGUUUUUCUCUCUUCUAUUUGUUCAAUAUGCCCUGGAAACCAGAUUUUAUGUGUUCUCUUUUCUGGUUGUGACGGUAUUACUGAUGAAGAGCUGCCCUUCCUAGGAUUAAUAAUUUACUAUCCACUCAUCAUAGACUAUCUAUCUUGUUAAUGAAAAUGUGAAUAGAUUGGCGCUUGAAAGCAUAUGGCUUUUUGUGUGAAGUAUAAAGAUAUUCUUAUGCAAUGUGGUUGUACCAUUGGCUAUUUCUGACACUUUCUUUUGUUGCCAUCCUCGAACUUGUUUCUUCAGGAAACUUUGAGGUUUGUUCUCGAUCUCCUCUUUCAUUGUACACAUUUAGUGAUUUCGCUUUCACUGUUUUAUGUUAAUUUUUAUCUCUCUUUUUCUAAUAUAUAUGCUAGGUGAAUGAGGUUUUUAAUUUCUCGCAAGAUGACCUAUUAACGGAGGAUAUAUUAGUACUGGACUCCCAUGCUGAGGUUUUUGUAUGGGUUGGCCAAUCAGUAGAUCCUAAAGAUAAGCAGAAAGCGUUUGACGUCGGGCAGGUAUAAGCACAUGGUUUUCCUAUUGUUAUUUGCCAUUCCUCUCAUCACUUUCAUGUGUAAACUUUUGCAGAAAUAUAUAGAAUUUGCAGUACCGCUUGAAGGAUUGUCGCCCGAUGUUCCUUUAUACAAGGUCACAGAGGGGAAUGAACCUUGCUUCUUCACCACCUACUUUGCAUGGGACAACGCGAAAGCAACUGUAUGCCCUAGAAACUUUAAAUUUUGUGAUUAGUUCCAUUUUGGAGAUAGAUUCAUUAGCUCCUGUCUUCAUACCAGAUAAUAUGCUUCUGAUGUUGACAUCCUUUCCGAAAUUGCAAAUUCUAUCAUUAGUUUAUGAUCGUUUCUACUAUUUUACCACCUGAAGAUUCUGAUAAAACCUUUUACUUGCUAUCCUAUUCUGAUAAGCUUUUAUUCUAGUUUCUGGUGAAAGUUCUUGGAUCUUACCCUAAAUAUUCUAUGGGAAAUCGCACUUUUGGCAAUCCUUUUAAUCUAUUGUCCCAAUCGAUAUUUUGAUAGCUGAUACUCAAAAAUUACUCUAGUGUGUCUCAUUUGGGAUAGGAGGGUGGUAAAUCGUAUCGUCCACUGGAUAUUUUGAAAAGCUUGCCCCUGGAGAGUAUUUUUAUGGGCUGAAUCCUACUUUCUUGGGAUGACACUACCUUGGAGGGACAUUGAAGCUCAGCACCCACAGUGGGAGGGGAAAGAAAAUGUUGGAGUGCAAUGAAUUCACGAAGGAACAUAGAAGAAAAUUAUUCUCAUGGAACCCAAGUGUCACUAGUUAGAGCUUGCUGGCUGCCCUCCCUAAGUCCACCAUUGCUCUGUCCUGUCCACGGAAUGACAUAGAAUAGGGUUAUGAGGUGGGGGGGAGUUAAACAGAGAUCGAAAAUGCAUAGAAGCCUUGAUUAGAUCUCGAACUGCUUUGACACCAUUUUUUAUGAAAAAUAUUUUUUAAUGAAAUUGCAUAGAGUUUUUAUCGUUUUUAUCCGUGAAUAGGGUCUUUUUUCAUCAGGUGAAUCCUUUUACUGUCAUUUAUGAAUGUUGGAAAUCACGUAAAAGCUCUCAUUGAAUCUAUUAUCACUCGGAUACCCUUUUUAUGAAAGGAGCUAUAUUCUUAAAAGUUUUAGGUAUAUCCUUUUGUUCAAAUUAGAUUUUCCUUCAUCACCUGAUUUGGUUGAUGCCAUCGUUCAGUUUGAUUUGGACAUUGAAGAAUGAUCCCUAGACCCAUCACUACAUCAAUCAUUACUAAAUGUCUGCAAGAUCCUGGAAUUUAUAGUCUCCUGGAAGAAGUGUCAUCAAUAUAUUGAAGUUCACGCUGCAAUGAUCUUUUGAAUUCAACUAUUGUGUAUUUUUCAGAAGUAGAUAGAGAGAAUGAGAAGACGAGGGAGCACGCAGAGCAAUAGAAAUUCACUUCAAUUUUUAUGGCAGCCCCCAAUCCAUAUAUUAGCACUUAUGAUAAGAAGUAAGAAACGAAACGAACAUCCAUACUGGGUGUGACCAUUCCGAAAGAUUCAAAUGCGCUUACAGGGCAGUAUUCUUUAGGAGGGAUAACAAAUGCCCCCACUAUCCCGACCUAUUCUGAGAAUAGAUAUUUCUGCACAUUUUAACCCUCCAUCCAAAGUCAGCAGUCUCUUUCUGUAGGUAGAAUUGUGUUGUGAGCAUAUCAAUUUUUCUUAGUUCUCCCCAGUAAAUACUAGGAUUAACCGAGUCUCAAGCUAAAACCUCCUUCAAAUAGAAUUGUGUUAUCAGGAUAUCAAUGUUUCAUUGUUUUGCUCCUCUGUAUGGACUAGGAGUUAAUGAAUCUCAUCCUUAAACCCUUCUGAGUGUGGCCUUUCAGUGUACAGUUAUAGAUUACAGUCAUAGGUCCGAGCUGCAAUUUGAUACAGUUUCUACCAAAUUCUUGCCAAAUCUCAUUACAAUACUGUUUACUUUGACGUAAACAUUGACUUUAGAUAGGAGAUUACUCAUGCCUUUUGAUAGCAGGAAGAUUUUACUAUGGGAUGUACCAUUUUGAUAUUUACUGCGUCUCAUUUUCAAAUGACACAAACAUGCUGAUCCAGAUAAUAAUCGAAAUCAUAAGUUUUACUCACACAUACUGAUUAGAAAUUCAGUCUGAUUUAAAAGUGGCCCGUGGGUUUUUGCUUUGCUUCUUACCUUAUGGUAUUAUAGAGAGCGAAGAUAGCUGUGCCUUCAUAGAUAGCUGUUAACUAAUGCAUAUGCUAAAAAUUAUCUGGGAAUCAAUUUUAUAUUGUUUUUAUGCGGUAACUGAUGGGAUGUGAGCUUAAUCUAAUCUAAGAUGAGUUCAAUUAAUUCUUUCUAGUAUUAUAUUAAACUUUAUUUCUGUGAAGUUCUUUUCCGCUUUUACGUUUAACUUUUUCCAACAAGAUUAUUGUUUAGAGACUUGUAUUAUGUUUGUGACAGCCUCAAGGAAAUUCAUUCACAAAAAAGCUGUCAUUGCUUUUUGGAAUUGCCAUGCAUGCUUCAGAGGUAAACAUCUACUUUGCAUGUCGAUUAAUAUUGCAUAUACUCAGCAAACAUCAAUUAAUUCUCUGAUAAGUUUCUGGUUUUGUGAUUAAAUGGUAUUCCUUUGAUAUGAUAGUAUUCGGAGCGAAGAAUAUGAGUUGGUUUGUGGAUGUGAGCUGUGAACGUAUAUAUACAUAAAUAUGUAUUUAUUUAUAAUUACUGAUGCUCUUUGAACAAGCUAACUGUUGUGGCCUAUGUAGCAUAUAUACUUUUAGCUGUCUUUCCCGAUUCUUUUAUUUAUGUUGAGCGGCAAUAUAUGCUAAAUUUUGUUCGUAUGGAAAUCUGUGAGAGAAUCAAUGAUAGCGCAUUAGAAUGCAUUUUUAAGUGGUUAUGAUGAACAUUGAACAUAUUUAUUUUCUUAGACAGCACAAAAUUCUCCUAUCAAAAUGCGUAGACUGUGACCUAAUGGAUAUGAUACGGUUAAAAUACAUACUAUGAAUAAUGAAACAUCCUAUGAAUUGUCUGCAGUCACAUGACAAAUCUAACGAUUCAAGAAGUGGGCCAACUCAACGAGCGUCAGCUAUGGCUGCAUUAUCAUCUGCGUUCAAUUCGUCUUCUGGGCCUAAAACUUCCACAGCAAAGCCAGUACCUUCCAGCCAGGGUUCGCAGAGAGCAGCUGCAGUUGCUGCACUGUCCAAUGUUCUGACAGCUGAAAAAAUAACUUCUGAGACAAUUCCACGGUUCAGCAGAAGUCCUUCCCCUGAUGUGGCUCUUUCUGGUAUCACUUCUGACUCCUUUUUUCUUUUCGUUGAGGAGAUGUCAGACUGACAUCUUUAUAACUGUCGAUUACAAUAAGGAAAAACUUUUCCUUCUUAUUUCCGAAAAAGAUUAUUUUUUUAUGGUGACGUCAUGAUAGUUCGUCUGACUUGGUGCCAUAAAACUUUAAAGUUGAAAACCUAAGUUUGAUAAUACCAACUUGGUUUUGACUGGUAUACCUCAAAUUGAUUCAACCUCAACUUAGCCAAAACCACGUUCUAAAUUCUCUUGAAACCAUACUUCCAUUUUAAAGAAGUUUUUGGGUAGGAAGUUAGAAUUUAUGAUCUGAGUGACUAGGUAGACCACCAACCCACACAAAUUUUCAGAACCAUGGCAUCAUAGAUGGAAACCACCUGCUUCUAUCAUUGUCAUGUACAUCUUAUGCAGUUAAUAUGGCCAUCAAAUGUCAGCUCAGUACAUACGAGCAGAUUCACGUCGUGCUAACCAAAUAUUUCAUUUGACUUGAUUCUCAAGUGCUAUCACCAUUGACUGGCUCGUCAUAGUUAGCUGUUGCUCACGCUGGAGAGCCAUCUGAAAUUGUUAUCAAUUUCUAAUUAUCUCUAUUUACCCCUGAUAAUGCUCUCCUUGUUCACGAACCCCUUCCUUGUCAUCUUGAGAUCAUUUUUUAACGCUUUAAGAUAAGUUCAGUACCUUGGUCCCUUCUCAAGUCCGAUCACUGUCAAGGCUGUCGCCUUCGUUGAGAAGGGACUUAUCACCCAGAUUGCAUUGUUCCAUCUGUGUCUGGGGCCGACUCUGAUCAAAAUUUUAUGGUCUAUCCAGGAUUCAUCUAAGCAAAAGCAUCUGCUUCGAAAACUCUGACCAUACAAUUCAGCUCGUGCUCAUUAGUUGACCGAUUUAUUGAAGGCUUGUUAGGCAUGUUGGGGUUCGUCUCCAUGAUGGCAGCCUGUGUUUUUUGUUUCCUUAACAUAAUGUGUUGUGCACGGUGAACCAAAAGCAGAUCCAAUGUCUCAGAGACGUUGCCUGACUCAUCAGUUAUACGUUAUUGUUGAGAAGACAUUUUCGUCAACUAUUGCCUUUGUUAUUACCCAGCAUAGUAGAGCCCGAGUUACGAGUCAAGGUAUGGUGAUGGUAUUACUAUGAAUGAUGAUUUUUCUUCAUAUCUUUCGAUGAUUCACCGUGCUCUGUGAGGUGUGUAUAAACAUUACCAUAGUUAGAUUACUGUGCAUAAUCCAUGGGAACCUACUCUCCUUUUGGUUGUUCCCAUUUUCUGGAAACCGUAUGAUCUUGGCAUUCUCACACGUGUUUGAAGUAGUGCCAUGGUUAUCCUCCAACUUUGUGGGGGAAGAAGCCAUCCCAACAAAUGGUGAUCGUUACUUGUCUCUUUUGAUGUCUCACCAUGCCCUAUAUCAGUCUAUAUCAGCAUCACUACAGCUGACUUCCGUGUCUAGUCCUUGGAUAGUACUAUAUGUUAUUUGUUCAUGGGCCUGCUUCAGAAAAGGGGAGGACAAGUGCUUGUGGCAUGAAAAUUCUUUGGUCUCGUCCAUCAUAUAAGACUCCCACUAAUCUUACAUCUCCAUUGCGAUUCUUAGAGAGAAGUUGAUGGUUUUUCUCUCUGUGGACGACCCAGAAGAGUCUGCAGAGAAAGCAGCCACUGAGGCGCUUGGGGAAGUAUCAGUGAGUAGUGGAGCAGACUCUGACGCGGCACAGGAGAGCCCCUGGGUUAACGAUAAUGGAGCUGAAUGCACCUUCAGCUAUGAACGUCUGAAGGCCAAGUCCACCAACCCGGCCAAGGGGAUCGAUUACAAGCGAAGAGAGGUACAUACCAGAGAACCUUCAAACGCUUUUAUUGAGAAGAUCCCCAUCAAAGAUUGAUGUGUCGGCCAUUGUUCUCUGCAGGCCUACCUCUCCGACGCAGACUUCCAGGCUGUCCUUGGGAUGUCAAAAGAGGCAUUCUACCGACAGCCCAAGUGGAAGCAGGACAUGCAGAAGAGGAAGGCCGAUCUCUUCUGA